AUGGGCAAUAGUCUUUCACCUUAUAUCGCCGAAGCAUUUAUGUGCAAAUUGGAGAGAGAAAUGAAAGAUGAAGAGAUUUUCCCCAGAAUUUGGUGGCGAUAUGUUGACGACACCUUUGCUGUUGUUAAAAAAUCGGAUGUCGAACGUGUUUUAAAUCUAAUAAAUAGUCGUCAUAGUAGCAUCAAAUUUACUUAUGAAUUGGAGAAUGCAUUAGAUCACACAUUAUCUUUUCUGGAUUUAAAAAUAAAACGUUUUGGUAGUAAAAUUCAAUUUGAUGUUUACAGAAAACCAACUACCACUGACAGAUACAUAACACACGAUUCAUAUUGUUCUUAUCAAAACAAAAUAGCAUCAUUCAAUUCGAUGAUUUAUCGUAUGUGUCGAUUACCUCUUUCUGUGGCUGAUUAUAAAAACGAAUACGAGCAUAUUCUACACUUAGCUCAAGUCAACGGUUAUAAAAAGUCUCUCAUCGACCAAUUGAUUAAAAAGCAUACCCAAAGAAUCAAGAAGAAGAAUUGCUCUACUCUUUUCUCCCAAAAUACAGAGAACAUCAACACUGAUCGUCGUGUCGCACUUCCUUUCGUGCCAAAAAUCUGUAAUCAACUUAAACACACUUUCAGUAAAGCUAAUUUGACUAUCGUAAAUUCCAACAAAAACAAACUCAGCUCUUCUCUUGGUUCUUCCAAAGACGCCAAACCAAUGAAGAAAAAGAGCGGAAUUUAUGAAAUCAAUUGUUCCACCUGUAGCAGCAAAUACAUCGGACAGACAAAGCGCGCUGUUGAGUGUCGUAUAGCUGAACAUCAAAGGUACAUCAACAACAAAGACAUUCAAAAAGCAGUUGCAGCUCAUGCAUUUGAUUUGACCCACACUGAACCUCAUAACAUGACACCUCUCCUCGACAACUACAAGCUAAUAAAGAGUGUACCCCUUCCAUCGAAAUUAGACGCAUAUGAAUCAAUUAACAUGAGCAUCACCGAGAAUUUGAUGAAUAUAGAAGAAAGUCCAAUAACUUCUAACUUAUUUGCUCUUGCUAAAUAA